AUGGAAAUUAGGGAUUGGUAUGAGUAUUUGGUGUGCAGUGGGUGUAGGACAAUUCUUCUUUAUCCCAGGGGAGCUACUAAUGUCUGUUGUGUAGUGUGCAAUAACCUCACCCCUGUCCCACCUCCUGGAAUGGAAAUGGCUCAACUGAUAUGUGGAUGUUGUCGCACCUUAUUGAUGCAUCCACGUGGGGCAACUAGCGUGAGAUGCGCCUGCUGUCAUAUAGUGAACCUUGUGCCAGGUCCUAAUCAUUUUGCUCAUGUCAACUGUGGAAACAGUCGUACUAUGCUGAUGUAUCCAUGUGGAGCUCCAUCAGUUAAAUGUGCCAUAUGCCACUAUAUCGCACAUGUCAAUGCCGUAGAUGGAAGAACCCCAGUUCCUGUGCAGACCUCUAAUAGUGGUGCUACAUCCUCUGCAGGACCCACUUCUUCAACAGCUACGGGCCAUUCACAAAAUCAAACUGUGGUUGUUCAGAACCCUAUGUCUUUAGAUGAAAGUGGCAAGUUGGUGAGCAAUGUUGUUGUUGGUGUGACGACAACAACUUAG